GUUAGUGUUUACGGUGGUGUCGGACGCUUUAGUUUAAUUUCAACCCACUUCGGAAAGUGACUGCACCGUGAACAGGAAAACCUCGUUCAUCUACGUCAGCAAAAAAGAAUAGCACAGUAGAAGGCAGCACCAAAAGGGAAUAGACCACAUCGAGCAAACGGACGAGCCAAUAGAAGCAGCACAAUGACGACUGUUCACGAGUUUCAAGUGGAAAUGACUUGUACCGGCUGUUCCGGGGCUGUGGAGCGUGUCCUCGGCAAACAGAAAGAAAAAGUGGAAAAGGUGGAGAUUGACCUGGACAACAAAAAGGUGUUCGUCACUUCGGGACUGUCGGCCGACGAACUGCUAGGUAUUAUAAAAAAGACUGGUAAAGAAACGAGCUACGUCGGGGUGAGGCACUGAAUCUUUCGGACCCAAGAACCCGAGCGCGGGAUCUGUGCAAAAGUAACGUAACGAUCACAAGAGAGUCUAUUAGGCGCAACAACUAAUCAAGAUGAGUUAUUAUUUUAAUCUUACUUUCUCUGUUCAGCUUUUGAGACCAUUAUUUUGACGUAAAGAAAUAAAUCUAUCUAUCUAUAUAUAUAAA